GCCGUACUUGUGCGCUGCGUGUCUCACUUCAGCCUCACUCAGCAGAGCUCUCAGUUGAUAGGUUAGCUAGCUGGCUAGCGGUAAGUUAUGUGGUUUGUUUACGAGGCUAGCUAGCUGCAUUAUUAAACACUAGCAUCUAAUACAAUUUGCUAUACAUAAGCAAAAUAAUGAAGACGUUAUACCGAAUGCUGGUAAAUAUAUAAGCAGUUAAAGACAGCAGUAUUCAAUCUACGACUUUCGAAAAGGGGGAGACAUGUCCCCUUUAAAAUUACAGUUGUGAAAAUGCGCAUGUUCCGUUGAACCUUAGAAGUGCCUGAAUUUAACAGUGCUCUUAGUUGGCCACAUAGUCGAGUGUUAUGUUUCUUGGUGAAGAUUUGCAGAAGUCUUUAGCCAACAUUAUUCAGUAAUUUUCGAGAAGCAUUAUAAAGAAGAAAAUGUCAGUUUUCUCCGAGUCGGCUUUGGAGAAAAAAUUGGCAGAACUUAGCAACUCUCAGCAGAGCGUACAGACCCUGUCACUAUGGUUAAUCCACCACAGAAAACACUCGAAAACCAUCGUCAAAGUUUGGUAUAACGAACUGAAAAAAGCCCAGGUGUCUCGCAAACUGACUUUCCUCUAUCUAGCCAAUGAUGUCAUCCAGAACAGCAAGAAGAAAGGCCCAGAGUUCACACAGGACUUUGCCCCACUCAUUAUUGACGCUUUUAAACAUGUCUCCAGUGAAGGAGAGGAUGGCUGUAAGAAGCAACUGGAUCGGGUUCUGUCCAUUUGGCAGGAGAGAGCAGUGUAUGAGAAUGACUUACUUGAUAAACUCUCUGAGGUACUACAUGGAGAAAAGAAGCCUAAGAAGCGUCCCUAUGAGGCGAUAAAAGUGAACGAUGAAGACUUUGCUUCUCAGAGCUCACCUGCAGAGCCCCCUCAGACAGCAGAUUUGAUUCGAGCACUGCAGGAGCUGGAGAAUGCUGCUUCGAGCGAUUCUGCCCUGCGUCAGAGGAUCUCCGCUCUACCCCCUGAGGUGCAGGACACCUCUCUAUUGCACAGAGUUACAGAUAAGGAGUCAGGAGAGCGCCUGUCCAGGCUGGUUGAGGAGGCCUGCAUGCUCCUGGCAGACUACAGCGGACGUCUGGCAGCUGAGAUUGAUGACCGCAGGCAGCUCACGCGAUUGCUUGCUCUCUUUCUGCAGAGUCAGCGGGAUGGCUUGGCCCAAAACGAACAGAAGCUAGAAGAGUACAAGCGCAAGCUGGCACGGGUUACCCAGGUGAGGAAGGAGCUCCGAUCUCGUCUCAGUAGCCUUCCAGACCUGAAUCUGCUUCCUAAAGUAACAGGAGGUCACGUCCGUCUGCCUUCCUCUGGUGACCUCUAUAGCCCUUCUGACUGUAUGCCCACUGGUGAGACAGGACAGGACAACAAGCACUGUCAUGACAGCAACCAUGCCCUUGAAAACAGGGAGCGAGAGAAACAAUUGGCCAGGAGACGUCUCUAUAUUGUCUCAGUGGUUUGUCUGGUCUUCAUGGUGGGAGAGAUCUUAGGUGGGUACUUUGCUGGUAGUCUGGCAGUGAUGACGGAUGCUGCCCACCUGCUUGUGGAUGUUACCAGUUUCAUCAUCAGCCUGUGUUCCCUGUGGUUGUCGUCCAGGCCUGCCACACACACACUCAGCUAUGGCUGGCACCGCGCAGAGAUCCUUGGUGCCCUCCUGUCUGUCUUCACCAUCUGGCUGGUGACUGGUGUGUUGGUGUACCUGGCUGUGGAACGUCUUAUUAAUGAUAAUUAUGAGAUUGAGGGCACUGUCAUGCUCAUCACCUCUGGCUGUGCUGUGUUGGCCAACAUCAUAAUGGCGCUCACCUUGCACCAGUCAGGGCAUGGUCACUCUCAUGGUGGUCUUAGUGCCCACAGUCAUGGCCACAGCCAUGAGAGGAAGAAAGCUCACAGCCACACUAACACUAACCACCAUGAUCCAGAGGCAAGCAAGAAGCCGCAGGGGAAUGCCAGUGUGAGGGCUGCCUUUGUGCAUGUGAUUGGAGAUCUUCUGCAGAGCAUCAGCGUGCUUGUUAGCGCACUUAUCAUCUUCUUCAGGCCUGAGUACAAGAUUGCAGAUCCUAUCUGCACUUUCCUGUUCUCCCUGUUUGUCCUGGGCACCACCUUUACCAUCAUGAGAGACAUUUUGGUGGUCUUAAUGGAAGGAACUCCAGCGGGUGUGGCUUAUGGAGAGGUGAGAGGACGCCUUCUAUCCAUCACGGGAGUGAAAGCUGUACACAACCUGCACAUAUGGGCCCUGACCAUGAACCAAGUUGUCCUCUCUGCCCAUGUGGCUAUAGAUGAUGGCACAGAUCCACAGGCCAUGCUCAGUGAGAUCACGCAGUUCUGCUUCAGCACCUACAGCUUCCAUUCAGUCACCAUCCAGCUGGAGAAGCAGGCUGACCAGAAGCCGGAGUGCCAUCUUUGUCAGGAACCCAAACACUAAUGCCUCCUCCCCCCAAAGCCCUGAAGUGCAAGAGGCCAGUGCAGUGAAGGGCUUACUGUCAUGUUUACCAGUCAAACUGAUCACUCACUUCUCUACUAAGUACGGACCUUGCACCUCUCUGUUUCUUGUGUUUAAUGAUGGUGCUUUUGUUUA